UUACGAGCGUAUAAUUUUUGCCAACACUUUUCCCCCGCAAAAAGCGAGACUAAGUUAUAAAAUAUUAAACACCACGCAAAAAAUAUACGUUAAAUCCUAAGUAAUUGUGGGGAAGAAUUUAAAAAAUAAAGGUGUCGUGGUAAGAAGAUUAUGAGGAAAAGGUUUUAUGAAUAGUGUCAGGAUAAACUUUAUUUGUGGUUUUUGCCCUUCCAAGUCGAAGUAGUAUAUAGCUUAUAAGUUGCGACCUCGCAAGUCGAAGUACCAUUCACGCAUCGACUAUUGCCGCGCGCGCGAAAAAGUUCACUGCACUGUAUAAAGGCUGUGUAGAAUAUGUUCUCCAAGAUGAUUUUUGCUAAAGUAUGUUUGGCUCUGGCCCUCCUGAUUGGUGCUGAUGCAUACUCUAGCGGUGCACCAGAGAGCGCUUGUAAGGACAUGAUUCCACGCCACCCUGUUGAAGCGCAGACAAGACCAGCUCCAUACAAAAUCACCACUAGCACUAAGGUCGUCAAAGCUGGAACACCAAUGGAAGUGACAUUAUCAGGAAACUCUCCCUCGGAUACCAUUCGUGGUAUCAUGCUGCAGGCUAGAGGAAGCGAUGAUAAACCAGUCGGAACCUUUACUGUCUCCCCCAACAAUCCCUUGGCCAGACUUAUGAAAUGCGACAACAAAGACGACACUAUCACACACAAGAAGCACGAUGCUAAAGAAGACAAGCAAACGGCCACAUUCACAUGGACACCACCUGCAACCCUUAACGACGUAGUUAAAUUCAGAGCCACGAUCGCCCUGAACGGCGCCGUCUUCUGGGUCGGAGUUGAAUCCGCACCUGUCAAAGUAUCAGCCUAAUUCAGAUGAAUUUUCUCAUACUUCUUGUAUUUAUAAAGUAUUAUAUUUCAAAUAGAUUAUUUUCGCUUAAAUAAAUAUUUAAAAUAAAACGGAAUUUUAAUA